CAAAUUUGAGUGUGAAAAUUAUAAUAAAUCUCAGAUCUAUAUAACAUUGUCCUACUCAAUUAGCUUCCAUUGGCUUUGGAAACUCAGUGUUGAUAAACUAUUAAAGUACUUAUCAAUCACUUUGUUUUAAGCCCACCUUAAACUUCUAUUCUGCUGCUACCAGAACCUGUUGAUAGGAUCCUCAUCAUAUUCUUUUUUUCUUCAUGAAGCUACUCAGCUGGGUUCAGACCAAGCUCAAUGGGAAACAAAGCAACAAUAACAACACAAACAUUUAUGCAUCUAAUACAAUAGAUCAAACUCCACAAUUUGGAGGUCAAAAAGAAGAGUUCAGUGACUGGCCACAAGGGAUUCUCUCAAUUGGGACACUUUUCAUAAAACCAUCAAAAGAUGAGCAAAAUGAAAGUUCAAUUGCAUCUCAAAAUCCCACAUUAGAAGAGGUUGAAGAACUUCAUAAGGAGUUAGAUAAAUUGAUAAAAUCUUCAAACGAUCAUCUAAAUAGUUUAGAUGAUCAAGUCGAGAACGAGCAAAAUUAUGCUCGUCCUGCAUCGACAUUUAAUAAAGAAGAAGACGAAGAAGAAGAAUGUGAUGAUCAUCAACAAGUUUCAACAAUUAUGCCAAACAAAGCUAAAAAUGAUGUGUAUUUGGAUAAAAAUGGUAGGAAAGUUAUGGUAAAUAAAAAGUCAUUGUCUUUUGUUCUUAAGAAGAUGUUUGUUUGUGGAUCAAUUGGUGGGUUUAGUCCAACACCUAGUCUUAGAGAUCCCACUAUUCAAGAGCCACCUAAGUCAACAAUGACUAAGAUAUUGAGAGCAAUGCUUCGAAAGAAAAUAUAUCCCCAAAAUUCAUGCCCAACUAUGCAAAGAAAGAAAUACUUGGGGAGUGGACUUAUAGACCAGAUCAUCAAUAACUAUGAUGAUCAAGAUUAUUUUGAUGCUGAUGAAGGAAAUAAAACUAGCAAAUGGGACAAGAGUGAUGAACAAUAUAUUGUAUUAGAGAUUUAGGGAAGAAAUUAUUCAUUAUAUAUGGAUGGAGGUUCUUUCAUAUAGCAUUCAAUUUCAAGAAACCUUUUGUCUAAAGAAUAUUUAAACUAAUAUCUAAUUAAUUAUUAUGCAGAGAUAAAUAAAGUGGUCAUGUAAAAUUUUUAUUAUUUUUGUCCAACAUUAUAUAAUUGCUAUCCAUUACAAUAUGCAAAAUUAUUGUGUUGCUCCUUUGAACCU